UUUUGGGUACUUUUCUCUCACUGGGAAGGACUUUGAUGUUAAUCAGUAACACCUCCAGCAGAUUCUGAAAGCUGUGGUGGUGAAGUAACCAUCUGAAGGACAGCAUGGGGAUUCUAUACUCUGAGCCCAUCUGCCAGGCAGCUUAUCAGAACGACUUUGGCCAGGUGUGGCAGUGGGUGAGGGAGGACAGCAACUGUGUCAACGUUCAAGAUGGCUUCAAUGGAGACACCCCCCUGAUCUGUGCCUGCCGGCGAGGGCAUCUGAGGAUCAUUUCCUUCCUUUUAAAAAGAAAUGCUGAUGUGAACCUCAGAAACCGGAAAGAGAGAACCUGCUUGCAUUAUGCUGUGAAGAAAAAAUUUACCUUCUUUGAUUACCUACUCAUUAUCCUUUUAAUGCCUGUCCUGCUCAUUGGAUAUUUCCUCAUGGUAUCAAAGACAAAACAGAAUGAGACCCUUGUGCGGAUGUUACUUGAUGCUGGUGUGGAAAUUAAUGCUGUGGACUGUUAUGGCUACACUGCAUUACAUUAUGCCUGUGAAAUGAAAAACCAGACUCUCAUCCCUCUGCUCCUUGAAUCCCAUGCGGACCCCAUGAUAAGGAAUAAGAAUGGUGAAAGCUCUCUGGAUAUUGCACGGAGAUUAAAAUUUUUCCAGAUUGAACUAAUGCUAAGAAAAGCAUCAUAAUCCUUAUGACCUCA